CACUUCUAAGACAGCAUAUUUAUAAAUAAAAAAGGACUUGAUAAUUUUCUAGUCAUGAUUUGAUACCAUAUUUAAGUAAUGACUAUAAGAACAAUAGCAGUUAGCGUGCUGGUUAAAUGAAGUCAGGAGUGAAAAUGGUUUGUGACGGCGUUGUGUGUGUUCCUAAUGAACAAAGCAUUUGUGUUAGAGAGAGCGCCAAUAGAAUAGAAUUGUGGCGGGCGUCUUGUGUUUCGAACGGUGGCAGAGAAGACGGUCCAAUAGUCAACAGGUGACGUAAAACGUUCUAUCGAAUAGCAGACGAGCGCGUUCGAGACGCCCAAUCAGCGCAGGGCGGAGUUAUGGCUUAAAAAGGCCGCGUUCGAGCGCGCUGUUUAUUCUGUUUUUCUAUCCAUGAAGUACAGAGCUCGACGCUAUGGCAAGAACCAAGCAGACCGCCCGUAAGUCCACCGGUGGUAAAGCACCAAGGAAGCAGCUCGCCACUAAGGCUGCCCGCAAGAGCGCGCCGGCUACCGGCGGCGUGAAGAAGCCUCACCGUUACAGGCCCGGCACCGUGGCUCUGAGGGAGAUCCGCCGUUAUCAGAAGUCUACUGAGCUGCUCAUCCGCAAGCUGCCCUUCCAGCGCCUGGUGCGAGAAAUCGCUCAGGACUUCAAGACUGACUUGCGUUUCCAGAGUUCGGCCGUCAUGGCCCUGCAGGAGGCGAGCGAGGCAUACCUGGUCGGUCUGUUCGAGGACACCAAUCUGUGCGCUAUCCACGCCAAGAGAGUGACCAUCAUGCCCAAGGAUAUUCAGCUGGCCCGCCGUAUUCGCGGAGAACGCGCUUAAACUACAAAUCCGUCUAAUAGACACAAAGGCUCUUUUAAGAGCCACUUCAUCGUCUCAGAAAACAGCAAACUUUCUUUCUUGGGCAGUUUAAGUAUUAGAACGUGGUACAGAGGGAGAAGGAACAGUAAUAAUUAUGUGUGUGUGUGUGUGUAAAUGAAGUACACGGCUUUCUAUAUCUAUCAACAUUAGAAAAAGGUUGGUUAUUUAUUUUGCAUUUUCAUGAUAAAUAUAGUCCUAUGAGUAUUACAUAAUGUUUGUUUUUAUAGAUGAGCCGUUAAUUGUGGUUAUGUCCGAACAAUACAAUGCACAGUAAUGAGCUGUGUCUGUAAAAUAGCCCAAACCUACCCUCUGUUUCGGGCGGCGUUGUGCUGGAUGGAGCUUGACUGCCCCCGUGUGUCCAAACUCGGGAACGGCAACUUUCUAGAAGCGGAUUUCUGGGCAAGAGCUAUUACAUCAUACAUACAUUUCAUCCAUCAUCCCUUUUGUCCCGUCCAUGAUAAUUGUUUUUGUAAUUUAAUAAUUGUAGACAUGACCUUAUCUUUGAAAUCUUCUUCCCUAUUUGUGGAUAUUCUCUCUCUCUCUCUCUCUGUGUCUAUAUAUAUAUGUAUGUGCACUGUAUUAAAUAUUAUUUAAUGUGUUUGUUUAAAACGAGUUAGAAGACGGUUUUAGUAGAAACAUACCUAUAUAUUUCUCUCUCUCAUACACACACAUUAUAUAUUUAUAUAUAUAUAGUAUCUCACAAAAGUGAGUACACCCCUUGCAUUUUUGGAAAUAUUUGAUUAUAUCUUUUCAUGUGACAACACUGAAGAAAUGACACUUUGCUACAGUGUAAAGUAGUGAGUGUACAGCUUGUGAGCUCUUUGAAUAACUGUUCUUUUAUUACUGUGACACUGUCUAAAUGUACAUUUUGGACUCUCAAAAAGAUGGCACCCAUUCGCAUGCAUUCUAUUGACUUACAGAACUCGAAUUUCCUUUGAAAAUUCUUUGUGUUCGGAUGAAGAAAGAAAGUCACAUAAGAACUUUCUUUUUUGGUUGAAAUAUUCCUUUGAUGAAGUUGUCCUGUUGCAGUAAUACAUAAAGAAUGAUACGAACUGGAGUUAUUUUGCACAUAUUGAAUUAAGGUUUGUUGUGUUUCCUAGUUAUGAUUAUAGCACAUUUUUCAUCACAAUGUCUGAAUGUGUCAAGGACCACAUUUCAGGGAUUUCGUCAUUGCACAUCGUAAUUGGUGUAUUUUGUAUUUUUAAUCUAGUUUUUAUUGUUCCACUGUACUGGUGUUUUACAUCCACCAGUAUUGAAGGCCAUCUCAGUGCCAGGGAGGGCCUCCAGCCGUCUCUACUGGCAUUAGGAAGGAUCAAGGGCAGGAUUGACAAAUUCUACGUGGUAGUGGAUAAGCACCUCAUCCCUUGCACAGGAACCAGCUCCUUGAGUGCUAUAGAUGAACUCUUCAAAGUCCACUAUGUGUUCAAACUGUCAUAUGAGGAAGCCCUUGUCAACAUCUUUACCUUCCUGCAGAUUACGAUCUACAACAUUGAUGUUGGUCUUACCAGUGAGUCUCCCAGAGUAAAGGAAUUGUGUGCAAAGCUUUUGCACUAGGUUAAAUGUUAGUGUUUCUGUUGUCAAAGUCUGCAUGCAAAGCCACGAGAGUCACGCACAGUUUCUAUCCUUCGUUAAAGUUUAAGUUAUUAUGUGCGCAGCGUGGCUGUAGCCGACAGUAUGUGACUUGGGUGAACUUGUAAAAGCCCGGAGUUUGAAGUUCUACAUGCCUUUUGAUCUACAGGCUCCAAAUGGGUCAGAUGAAUAUAUUCACUAUGAGGUGAAUAUAUUGCACCUCAAUUCAUGCUGGUUUGUUACAUCUAAGAUACUGUGUUGAAAAUAAAAGUUCAACUUUAUACAGCAACUGAUGUGUUAGCUGUUCUUUUAUUGACGAGUACACACAUUUUAAAGGUCUGCAUUUUUAGGCAGACAGGGUGUAGAGCACAUUUAAUUACACUAGUGUUGAAAAUAACUCCAUUAGGUUGAGCUAUUGACACAUUUACUGUAGAUUCAACACUUUCUUAGUGUAAAUGGAGCCUGUGAGGAGUAAAAAAACUAUACCAAUUGUGCUAACAGUGAACACUUACAGUGCUUGUUCAACACUAUGAGAGUGUAGAAAAAAAAACAAUACUGAAAGUGUAAAUUGAACUCUAUUUAGUGUGGACCUAUAUAAACUCUUGAUAAGUGUUAAUUUUAACAGUGUGAGUGUAAAAAUAACACUUUAAAAUUUGCUGUGUACAAUCAGAAAUGAUUGGGAAAAGGGUAAUGGUGGAGGGGUAGCAACUUUUGUAAGAAAUGAUGUGAGAUAUAAUCUAAUCAAUAAAGGGAAAGAACACGAAUCUGUGGUAGUCAAAAUACGGACAGGAAAAGACAGUAUAACGAUAUUCAACUUUUACAAUCCCCGUAAUAGACAGAGCACCGAUACUCCAAAUGCAGUAUGUGGGUUGACGUGAGGGAAAUUAGUACGGUGUGGGGAUUUUAACACACACACACACACACAGCACAAUACAGGGGAGUAAGAAUACAGAUAUAAAUGAAUCAGUGAUCGAGGAAUUUAUACACGAUAAAAAUUUGGUAUGUGUUAAUGACGGGAAGGACACGUGGUAUUGUAGUUCACAUAAUGCAGAAAGCACUAUCGAUCUGACAAUAACGUCAACUGAAAUUGCAGGAAUCAACACCCGGGAGGGUUUAGACCAUUCGACAGUAGGUAGCGAGAACGCCAAGGUGGAAGUUAGAGAAAGCCGACCAGCAGAUGUUCCAAACGUACAGCGAAAUGAAACGUGUGGGAUUAGCGAAUAAGGAUAUAACAGAUGUCGAAGAAACGAACGGAAAAGUGACCACGGCCAUUAUACGACCAGAUGAAGAAACAAUGCCAAAAAAGAUAGGAAGUAAACGAAGAAAGAGCGUGCCACGGUGGGAUGAGAGCUGUACUGUAGCAAUUAAAAAGAGAAAUAAAGCUUUUAGGAAACUCGAAGCUCACCGUACACUGGAAACUUUGAUUAACUAUAAAAUGGCGCAAGCAGUAGGUAAGAAAACAAUCAGAUCAGCCAAACGUGUAUAUUGGAGACAAUUCUGCAGUAAAAUUGGAAGAGAAACCCAGCUAUCAGACAUAUGGAGAACAAUUAG